GCUUCAUACACACCACCAUUCCCUACCUUUUGUUGGGGGUCAGUCAUAUAAAAUCAAAAACAACCCAUUGGGUCUCUUAGGAAUAAGUACUGGAACUGAAGUGAAGUGAUAUAUCAAAAUGAUGGAGUCUGGAGUUCCUGUUUGCAAUUCUUGUGGUGAGCAAGUUGGAGUCAAUGCCAAUGGGGAAUUGUUUGUGGCUUGCCAUGAAUGCAAUUUCUCCAUUUGUAAGGCCUGUGUUGACUUGGAGAUUAAGGAGGGGCGCAAACUUUGCUUGCGUUGUGGUGCUCCAUAUGAUGAGAACUCACUGGAUGAUGCUGAAGUGAAGGUUUCAGGCAAUCGAUCCACUAUGGCAGCUCACCUCAGUGAUCCUCAGGAAGUUGGACUUCAUGCUAGGCAUAUCAGUAGUGUAUCCACAGUGGAUAGUGAACUAAAUGAUGAAUCUGGGAAUCCAAUCUGGAAGAAUAGAGUGGAGAGUUGGAAGGAUAAGAAGAACAAAAAGAAAAAGACUGCUAGUAAGGCUGAAAUUAAGGCUGAAAAGGAUGAUCGAGUUCCAUCUGAGCAGCAGAUGGAAGAGAAACUGUCCGCAGAUGCUGCACAACCACUUUCAGCUAUUAUUCCGAUUCCAUCCACCAAGCUCACACCAUAUAGAGCUGUUAUAAUCAUGCGAUUGAUAAUUUUGUCACUCUUCUUCCAUUACCGAAUAACACAUCCUGUUGAUAGUGCUUUUGGUCUGUGGCUCACUUCUGUCAUAUGUGAGAUAUGGUUUGCUUUUUCUUGGGUAUUGGAUCAGUUCCCUAAAUGGUCUCCAAUCAAUAGGGAGACAUUUAUCGACAGGCUGUCUGCAAGGUUUGAAAGAGAGGGUGAACCCUCCCAGCUUGCUGCUGUGGAUUUCUUUGUGAGUACAGUUGACCCUUUGAAAGAACCACCGUUGAUCACAGCCAAUACCGUGCUUUCCAUCCUUGCUGUGGACUACCCUGUGGAUAAAGUCUCCUGCUAUUUGUCAGAUGAUGGAGCUGCCAUGCUUACAUUUGAAUCUCUUGUUGAAACAUCUGAAUUUGCAAGGAAGUGGGUACCGUUCUGCAAAAAAUUUGCAAUUGAACCACGUGCACCUGAGUUUUACUUUGCACAGAAGAUUGACUAUUUGAAGGAUAAAGUGCAACCUUCUUUUGUCAAGGAACGUAGAGCAAUGAAGAGAGAUUAUGAAGAGUUUAAAGUGCGAAUUAAUGGUUUAGUAGCAAAGGCUCAGAAAACACCGGAAGAAGGCUGGACAAUGCAAGAUGGAACAUCUUGGCCAGGGAAUAACACCCGUGACCACCCGGGAAUGAUUCAGGUUUUCCUUGGACAUACUGGUGCCCAUGAUAUAGAGGGACUUGAACUUCCUCGACUGGUCUAUGUAUCCAGAGAAAAGAGACCAGGCUACCAGCACCACAAGAAAGCUGGUGCUGAAAAUGCUCUGGUGAGAGUAUCUGCAGUUCUUACAAAUGCUCCCUACAUCCUCAACCUUGACUGUGAUCAUUAUGUUAAUAAUAGCAAGGCAGUUCGUGAGGCAAUGUGUUUCUUGAUGGAUCCACAAGUUGGUCGAGAUUUAUGCUACGUGCAGUUCCCUCAGAGGUUUGAUGGCAUUGAUCGCAGUGACAGAUAUGCCAACCGAAACACGGUUUUCUUUGAUGUUAACAUGAAAGGAUUAGAUGGCCUUCAAGGACCAGUUUAUGUGGGAACAGGUUGUGUUUUCAAUAGGCAAGCACUUUAUGGCUAUGGGCCGAGUUCUAUGCCCAGCUUACCUAAGUCUUCCUCCUCAUCCUGCUCAUGGUGUGGCUGCUGCUCUUGUUGCUGCCCCUCCAAGAAGACUCCUAAAGAUCCCUCAGACGUUUACCGAGAUGCAAAACGGGAAGAGCUAGAUGCUGCAAUCUUUAACCUCAGGGAGAUUGAUAAUUAUGAUGAGCAUGAAAGGUCAAUGCUGAUCUCCCAGAUGAGCUUUGAGAAAACUUUUGGCUUGUCUUCUGUAUUUAUUGAGUCUACACUAAUGGAAAAUGGUGGAGUUCCUGAAUCUGUCAACCCAGCAGCAUUGAUUAAUGAAGCAAUUCAUGUCAUCGGCUGUGGUUAUGAAGAAAAGACCGCAUGGGGAAAAGAGAUUGGUUGGAUAUAUGGCUCAGUCACUGAGGAUAUUUUAACUGGUUUCAAGAUGCACUGCCGAGGAUGGAGAUCAAUUUACUGCAUGCCUGUAAGGCCUGCAUUCAAAGGUUCAGCCCCUAUCAAUCUGUCUGAUCGAUUGCAUCAAGUUCUCCGGUGGGCACUUGGGUCUGUGGAGAUUUUCCUUAGCAGACAUUGUCCCCUAUGGUAUGGGUUUGCAGGAGGCCGCCUCAAAUGGCUUCAAAGACUAGCGUAUACAAACACCAUUGUUUAUCCAUUUACAUCCCUCCCUCUCAUUGCCUAUUGCACAAUUCCUGCAGUUUGCCUUCUCACUGGAAAAUUCAUCAUACCAACGCUUUCCAACCUAGCAAGCACCCUGUUUCUUGGCCUUUUCAUGUCCAUCAUCGUGACCAGUGUGCUCGAGCUACGGUGGAGUGGUAUCAGCAUAGAAGACUGGUGGCGUAAUGAGCAGUUCUGGGUGAUUGGAGGUGUUUCAGCCCAUCUCUUUGCUGUCUUCCAAGGUUUCCUGAAGAUGUUAGCUGGAGUUGACACCAACUUCACUGUCACUUCAAAGGCAGCUGAUGAUGGAGAGUUUGGUGAGCUCUACAUUGUCAAGUGGACAACAGUUCUGAUCCCUCCAACAACAUUGAUCAUAAUCAACUUGGUUGGCGUUGUUGCUGGAUUUUCAGAUGCACUUAAUAAAGGUUAUGAAGCUUGGGGACCUCUCUUUGGCAAGGUGUUCUUUGCCUUCUGGGUGAUUCUUCAUUUAUACCCCUUCCUCAAGGGUCUCAUGGGUCGCCAAAACCGAACACCAACCAUUGUUGUUCUGUGGUCAGUGCUUUUGGCCUCAGUCUUCUCUCUUGUUUGGGUGAGAAUUAAUCCUUUUGUGGGCAAAGCUGCUAAUUCAAGCCUUUCCCAAGGCUGCAUUUCUAUAGAUUGUUAGGUCACUAUAAGGAAGCUUCCCAACCAAUACAGUUGAAAUUUGGUGGUGAUUUUGAUUGCCUAUUAUUAAUGUGGGAGUCAUGAUUAGCUCUUUCUUGAUUGUUGAGGCAUAUUGAAGUAAGUUUUGGACAUUAUGUAUUUGAUCUCUUUCAUUAUAUAUGUCGGAUAAUCAGUGUGUAAAAAAGCAUUGCCUAGAGCAAUAUCAAUGUAAAACAAGGGUUAUUGUUUCCUUCCGACAA